AAGUUGACUCGAGUAUUUGAAAUCCGGCAGUCACAGUUCGGCGCGCCAUCACUGUCAUGGCCUUUUCCUGUUCACGCUCGGUCCAAAGAAGACGUGAACAUCAUGGCUGAUAUGGAAGUGUAUGACGAUAUAGUGGUAUCCACUACGGCGACUCUGCCAGUGGCACUCUCAGAGUUGCCAGAAAUCAAAUUAUUUGGCCGAUGGAAUUGCGACGAUGUCCAGGUGAAUGACAUGUCGUUGCAAGAUUAUAUUGCAGUUAAAGAGAAGAAUGCAAAAUAUCUGCCACAUUCGGCUGGGCGUUAUGCAGCUAAGCGAUUCAGAAAAGCUCAAUGCCCUAUUGUCGAACGCUUAACAAAUUCAUUAAUGAUGCAUGGCAGAAACAAUGGAAAAAAAUUAAUGGCAGUGAGAAUCGUAAAACACGCCUUUGAAAUAAUUCACUUGCUCACAGGCGACAAUCCUCUUCAGGUUCUCGUUACAGCUAUUAUUAAUUCUGGACCCAGAGAAGAUUCUACUCGUAUUGGUCGCGCUGGUACUGUUCGAAGACAAGCAGUAGAUGUCUCGCCCCUCAGACGGGUCAAUCAAGCGAUCUGGUUAUUAUGCACAGGUGCUAGGGAAGCAGCAUUCCGUAACAUUAAGACGAUUGCUGAAUGUUUAGCUGAUGAACUUAUCAAUGCUGCCAAAGGUUCGUCGAAUUCAUACGCCAUCAAAAAGAAAGAUGAACUCGAACGUGUCGCUAAAUCCAACCGAUAAACAUGUUCAUCCUUAAAAACAAAUAAAUGAUUUAUCUUUAAA